CUCGGGACCUGCAGUGCCUCUGGAUUCCAGCCUCCGGGGCUCCACGCCAGACAGUCUGAGCAUGCGAGUCACACUUGCUGUGACAGCCUGCAUGCUCUCUGUGGUCUCCAGUUCUUCCUCUCCAGCAAAUACUUUGCCAGAUAUCGAAAAUGAAGGUUUCAUCAAAGACUGUGUUCGAAUGCACAACAAGUUCCGAUCAGAAGUGACUCCAAAAGCCAGUGAUAUGCUGUACAUGACUUGGGACCCAGUACUAGCCCGAAUUGCAAAAGCAUGGGCAAGAAACUGUCAGUUUGCACACAACACACAGCUGAAGCCACCCCACAAGCUGCACCCAAAUUUCACUUCGCUGGGAGAAAACCUCUGGACUGGGUCUCUGUCCCUCUUUUCUGUGUCUUCAGCCGUCACAGACUGGUACAACGAAAUUCAGUACUAUGACUUCAAGACUCAGAAAUGUGACAAGGUCUGUGGCCAUUAUACUCAGAUUGUUUGGGCAGCUAGUUUCAAAGUUGGCUGUGCAGUACAGUUUUGUCCUCGAGUUUCUGGCUUUGAAACUCUUCGCAAUGGAGCACAUUUUAUAUGCAACUAUGGACCAGGAGGCAAUUACCCAACCUGGCCAUAUAAAAAAGGAUCCACAUGUAGCGCCUGCCCCAGUAAUGACAACUGUCUGGACAAUCUCUGCGCUAACCCACAACGAGACAAAGUGACACGUUACUACUCUGUUGUGUUUCCAGACUGGCCAGUAUUUCCACGUAACAGAUACACAUCUCUUUUCCUCGUUGUUACUCCACCAAUCCUAAUACUGAGUGUUAUAAUUAUCAGUUUGGUCAAGCACAAAUACCCUCAUUUAGUUCUUCUGAACUAAUACAAUCCAGGGGGAAAAAAGCCUCAUUCAUACAUGGCUUUAAAAAAUAAAUAAAUAAAA